AAUUUGAAACCUUAUGAAUAAAAUUUCUGUAAUUCUUUAACCAUUUUGUAAUAUUUAGUUUGUUUGCUGUGAGACACAGAAGGCGUUUUCUCCUAUGCAGCGACUGACAAUACAACCAUAAAAUACACCAAAACACAACAUAAAUUCACAAAUCACAUCCAUUUUAUUUGUUCGCUGUACUCCCAAUCUUUAGAAUCCAUAUGUUUGUAAGGAACAGAUCCAAAUUCAGCCCUUUAUCCAUCGAUCUUCAUUUUGAUUCUCAGCAACAGCGACCAUCACAGUCAAAGCUCGCGCUCGUUAUGAUUCAAAUUUGAAAGUAGCGCCACCCUCGAGAAGCGUUACGACAUGGUUUACGGCACUGAUAUCGAACGCUCAUUGGUUCUCACCUGCUUCGUCACAGAUUGCGACAUGCCGUGUUUCAGUGGAUUGACAUUUGAAAUGAGCGCGCGCCUUCACGGAGAGUAGCCGGAUUUAUCAUAUUUUCAUGGACUAAUAAAUUAAAUUCUGCUCUGUACCCUACCGCCAGAGAGGACUAUGACUGGAACUCAUCAUCACACAACUACUUUUGAAUAUCCCUCUAGAUGAUGAAUGUGUGAUGAAUUUCUGCAUUGAGAUCUUGCUGGCCAUCUCAGGGACAGGGACCUUCCCAAAACACUUUCCACAAGGUGACACAGAAUCAUCUAGAAACUCAUGAGUUCUACUCUGCUAUAUUUCCCUUUGGUGGACCUAAAGAGAGCCUGACAUGAAGGAUGAAAAGCAGAUCAUCAUUACUCCUAAACCAAUGUACAAUUAGCACUAGGUUCUCCAGGAGUGAAUUCCUUUUUUCUGAGGCUGCUGUUCAAGAAACCGUUGCAUUGGAGAUUUUGGACGUUAUCGAGGCUAAAAUCUGGGCGAAUUUCAAGAUUUUAACAUCUGAAAGGAUAGCUUAGUCAUUGGAUACAAAAUGUAUUCGAGCCUGGCUAUAUCUUCCAACCCGUCCCCCUACGCACACGAUACCGGGAACUACAUCCAUCCGUCCGCGAGCUCACCUGUGUAUGUGCCCACCACCCGUGUACCUGCCAUGCUCCAGACCUUGCCCUACCUACAGACGUGCGAGUCCACCCAUCAGGGCCAUGGGCUCGGCAGUCACCACGCCUGGUCACAGACUGGCACGGAGAAUUCCUCUUUUAACCCGGGCAGCCCUCAUCCUCCGCCCGGCUUCUCGUAUUCGCACAGCCCGCCGGUAAGCAGCAGCACCGGCAGGGACGCCGCGUACCAGAAUCAGCUGGUGUUGAGUAACAGCGGCCGGGCAGAUCAAUAUGGAAGUGCCCUGGUGCGCUCCGUCGGUGGCUCCUACACCAGCCCGUACGCGGCCUACAUGAGCCCGGAGAUGGCAACCUCAUGGACGCCGGGACCCUUCGAUGGCGGCAUGAUCGGUCUUCAGGGACGCCAAGGAAGUCUACCAGGAAGGAGGUCCAGUUUAGACAUGUUGGAAGAGCUGCCGUGUGAAGGGCGUGAGUGUGUGAACUGCGGCUCCAUCUCGACGCCGCUGUGGAGGAGAGACGGGACCGGACAUUACCUGUGCAACGCGUGCGGCCUCUACCACAAGAUGAACGGCAUCAACCGACCUCUAAUCAAACCACAGAAACGCCUGCAAAGCACGUCACGGCGAGCAGGUCUGUGUUGCACUAACUGUCAUACCAGUACAACCACACUGUGGAGGAGAAAUGCAGAGGGAGAGCCCGUCUGCAACGCCUGCGGUCUAUACAUGAAGCUCCACGGGGUACCAAGGCCAUUAGCAAUGAAGAAAGAAAGCAUUCAGACAAGGAAACGCAAACCAAAGAUGCCCAAAACCAAAGCAUCCUCAGGGUCAACAGUGUCUGGUGCUACGUCUCCCACUUCAUUGCCUGUGUCAGAGAACGCCUCUACAAUAAAGAGCGAACCCAACAUCGCAGCUUCUCCGUAUGCGGGCCAAACUGUUGUAUCAGUCACACAGACAUCAACACAGUUGGACAGUGCUAGUUCAGCACAUGUGGACAUCAAAUAUGAGGACUACACAUACACUCCAACGUCAAUCGCCACACAGAAUUCCUGGUGUGCGCUGUCCCAAGCGUGAUCUGAGACCUACUACCUUCUCGAAACCUCUCCAGUGCAUUCUGGGAGAAAAGACUUUUAACAAGAUCUACCUAAUAGAACAUUUACACAAAUGUAGACAGACGGAGCUUAGGAGCGCAAGAGAUCGACUGUAAUUUGUGCUACUUUGCCUUGCUGAUUCAUCGUGGCGUAUCUGUCAGUGAUGUCACGGCCGAUUCAUGCAAUUCCACCAAAAUACGGCGGGCGACAAGCAGAGACUUAGCAGCAGUUCUCGAGUUCCUAAAGCAAUGAUCAGGAGGACAAAAACAUGCUUUUUAUGGCUUCUGAACAUGUUUCAUGGCUUAGAUGUUAAUGAUUAACUUUUAAGAAACAUUAUUUAUGUUGAGAUAAGAAUAGUGGAGGCACACAAGUCUCUCCCAUAAUUCCCCUUAUCCUUCAGGGAAUGCGUCUUUAUGGUCGUUAUGACUUUAGAUCGCAUACUUUCCCUGAAUGAGGUUUUUUAAAGUUUCCUUGUUGUCUUUGCUGAUUCCAGACUUUGUUAAUGCUGUAUUGUAUUCCUCCGAUGAUCAAAGUGCAAUGACCCUCACUUUUCAGCAAAUUUUGAAAAGGCACACUUUUAUUUUAAUUGUUUGAAAUUUUGUGUUUUGUUUUGUCAGAAUAUGUUAACCUAAAUUUAUUUGCUGUAUUUUGUUGAUAUAUUGGAAUUAUAUCAUUGUUUUAUUGCAUAUAAAAUUGCCAAACAUUU